ACCUAGCCGUGCAUAUCAAUCAGACCAAACAAGAUUCUGAAGCGAUACUGUCACUCCAGGCCUUGAAAGAGAGGUUUAACGGAUACACGGGACCGCCUCUGUACAUCUACGGACAUCUGUUGACGGAAGGCAGUCUGCAAGUGGCUGACCUCAAGGCAACCAAAAAGAACCGGCGACAGUCUAUGAGACUAUCUGGCACUCCGACUAAGGAUAAGGCAUGUACUAUCUGGCACUACGACUAA